AUGACUUUUGCUCUGAGAUGGCUCCGGCCCACGACACGCGUGCGAUGGCGGUGCCAUGAUACGGCACGGAUUGGACAGUUUGCGCCCAGACGAGGCAACACGAGGACGUAUGCUGCCGCUGCUGUGCCUGCAGCUGAACUCCGUUUCGGCCAACCGCUCCACGAAACACAUCCACAUCUACUCAAGGCUGGGGAAGUGACUCCCGGUAUCACGGCCUUGGAGUACCACCAACGCCGCGUCGCCCUCGCCAAAGAACUGCCCCCAAACUCCACCGCCAUCUUCGCCGCAAACGACCUCAAGUACGCAUCCGGCGCCGUCUUCUACAAGUUCCACCAAGACCCCGACUUCCUGUACCUGACAGGCUUCAAAGAACAAGACGCGCUGGGAAUAAUAGAGAAACAUGACGAUGGCGAACACACCUUCCACCUCUACGUGCGACCCAAAGACCCAAAGGUGGAAGCCUGGGAAGGACCCCGUUCAGGCGUCGAAGCAGCAGAGGACGUCUUCAACGCCGAUGUUGCCGGCAGUAUCGACGACCUCCCGCGUCUCCUGCCCGACAUAGUGAACCGUGCGCAGGCCAUCUACACCGACCUCCCCCAGUCUCGUGUCUCCAGAAACCUGCUCUCACGGUACCUCGCUGGCGCGGAACCCUCGCGUACAGGCGGCAUCUACACCGUGUUCCGCGACGCCCCCGCAUCCCUGCGUCCCCUGCGGCCCCUCGUCAACGAACUCCGUCUUAUCAAAAGUGAGGCUGAGAUCAAGAACAUGCGGCAUGCGGGUCAGCACUCGGGCCGUGCGAUAACAGAUGCCAUGCGACAAUCCUUUUCCACGGAAAAAGAUCUCGAUUCCUUCCUCGACUACUGGUUCAAGCAGGACGAUUGCGACGGCCCGGCCUACGUGCCCGUCGUGGCUGGCGGCAUCAAUGCGAACACCAUACACUACGUUUCCAACGACAUGCUCUUGAACCCCAAGGAACUGGUUCUUGUCGAUGCGGGCGCCCAGUAUGGCGGCUAUGUCACGGAUAUAACGCGCACGUGGCCUAUUUCAGGCAAGUUCACGCCCGCACAACGAGAUCUCUACACCCUGUUGCUUUCGGUGCAGAGAUCCUGUAUAUCCCUAUGCCGUGCAGAUUCACUCUUCACUCUGGAUAAACUACAUCACACGGCAUCCAACUCCCUCGCUGCGGGGCUCAAGGAUCUGGGUUUCGACAUGUCGAAUCCCGAAGCUAUACAGACUCUUUUCCCCCACCACGUCGGCCACUACGUUGGUCUCGACGUGCACGACAGCCCUGGUCUGAGUCGAAGCCGGAAAUUCGAAAGAGGAAUGUGUGUUACAGUUGAGCCGGGCAUAUAUGUUCCUGAUGACGAGAGGUGGCCCAAGUGGGCGAGGGGCAUGGGCAUGAGGAUUGAAGACAGUAUUUGUGUGGAUGACGAGGGGCCCUAUGUGCUUACCACCGAGGCGGUCAAGGAGGUUGUUGAUAUCGAGGCGUUGAGGGGAGGCGAGACGAAGAUAUAG